GAGGCAGAGGGCGAAGCUUUGGGUGAAGAACGACAAGAGAAGCUGCAUUUUUCCGAGUCCGUCGCCCGCGCAACCUGAUUGACAUUCUGCGCUUCGCUGCACGGCCAAGAUGGAUGACCUCUACGACGAGUUCGGCAACUUCAUUGGCGACGAGGCCGGAUCCGAGGAGGCAUCUGAGGCCGGUGUCGAGGCGAACGACUAUGUCUACGACGAUGAGCCCGAGGAAGCGCCUGGCGUCACAGGGCAGGAGCUGAUGGAGAUUGAUGAUGGACCGUCGAAUGCAAUUAUCCUCCACGAGGACAAGCAGUACUACCCGACGGCCGAGCAGGUAUAUGGCGCUGAUGUCGAUACCCGCGUCGAAGAGGAGGAUGCGCAACCUCUUACGCAGCCCAUCAUCGCACCCAUCGAGCAGAAGAAGUUCAACAUCGAGGAGGCCGACCUCCCCCCUGUGUUCUUCGAUCGCGAAUUCAUGACCGACUUGAUGAACUUCCCCGAUCAGACCCGAAACGUCGCUUUGGCCGGUCACCUGCACCACGGAAAGACGGCAUUUAUGGAUAUGCUGGUCCUCGAGACCCAUGACAUCACGGACCGUUUGGAGAAGAGGGUUGGCAAGAAGCGCGACGAGCAGUUGAGAUACACCGACGUGCACUUGUUGGAGAGGGAGCGAGGUCUAUCGAUCAAGUCGGCGCCAAUGAGCCUGGUAUUGCCCAGCAGCAAGGGCAAGUCGCAUCUGGUCAACCUCAUUGACACCCCGGGCCAUGUCAACUUUGUCGACGAGGUUGCGACCGCCUUCCGUUUGGUUGACGGUGUGUGCCUAGUUGUCGACGUUGUUGAGGGCGUCCAGGUCAACACGGAGCAGAUCAUCAAGCACGCUGUCCUCGAGGACAUCCCCCUGACCCUCAUCAUCAACAAGAUGGACCGCCUAGUCCUCGAGCUUAAGCUCCCCCCCAAGGACGCCUACUUCAAGCUCAAGCAUGUCAUCGAGGAGGUCAACACCGUCAUCACCAACACAGCCCCUGCCACGGCAGCUUCGAAGCGGAUAAGCCCCGAGAAGGGCAACGUUCUCUUCGCCUGUACAGACAUGGGUUGGUGUUUCACUCUGUCGUCCUUCGCCAAGAUGUAUACCGACACGUUUGGUGAUAUCAACACGGAUGAGUUCGCGAAGCGGCUUUGGGGAGAUGUAUACUACAAUCCCAAGAAGCGCAACUUCACGCGGAAACCCAUCGAGGAGCGCGCGGCGAGGUCCUUUGUUCACUUUAUCCUUGAACCUAUCUACAAGAUCUUCACACACUCUAUCAGUGACAGCCAAGAACAAUUACGACCGGUUCUGGCUUCGCUGGGCAUCGAGCUCAAGCCUUCUCAGUACAAGGCCGAUGCAAAGGUGCUGCUCAAGUUGAUAUGCGAGCAGUUCUUUGGCCCCUCGACGGGCUUCGUCGACAUGAUCGUUGAGCACAUCCCCUCUCCCGUUGAGACCGCCGAGCGGCUCUUGGAGAGGUACUAUACGGGCCCUACGGAUACCAAGAUCGCCGCAUCCAUGAUGGCGUGUGACCAAGAUGGUCCUCUCGUUAUUCACGUUACCAAGCUCUUCAACACCUCAGAUGCCAAGAGCUUCCACUCCUUUGGUCGUGUACUCAGCGGUACAGUUCGACCGGGUAUGCAGGUUCGCGUCCUCGGUGAGGGCUACUCGCUCGACGAUGAGGAAGAUAUGGCCAUGGUAUCCGUUGGGGAGGUCUUUAUUGGCGAGUCUAGAUACAACAUCCCCACUGACGGCGUGCCCGCCGGAAAUUUGGUGCUGCUGAGCGGCGUGGAUAACUCCAUCGUCAAGUCGGCCACCAUUCUCCCGCCCAAGCUGGAGGACGACGAGGACGCCUACAUCUUCCGCCCUGUGACGCACUUCACCGAGUCUGUCUUAAAGGUUGCCGUCGAGCCUAUCAAUCCUUCCGAGCUCCCCAAGAUGCUUGAUGGCCUGCGCAGGAUCCAGAAGUCGUAUCCUCUCAUCAAUACCAAGGUCGAGGAGUCGGGCGAGCACAUCAUCCUCGGUACCGGCGAACUAUACAUGGACUGCGUGCUGCACGAUCUGCGGCGCCUCUAUGCCGACAUGGACAUUAAGGUCUCAGACCCCGUCACACGCUUCUGUGAGACGGUGGUUGAGACAUCUGCGACGAAGUGCUACGCCAUCACUCCCAACAAGAAGAACAAGAUCACCAUGGUAGCUGAGCAGCUCGAGAAGGGCAUCUCGACCGACAUUGAGACGGGGGCCGUGCGCAUUCGAGAUCCUAUCCGCAAGACGGCCAAGUUCUUUGAGGAGAAGCAUGGCUGGGAUAAGCUGGCGGCCAGAAGUAUCUGGGCGUUUGGACCGGACGAGUCGGGGCCGAACAUCCUUCAGGAUGACACCCUUCCCACAGAAGUCGACAAAAAGCUGCUAAACACCGUGAAGGAAUCGAUUCGACAGGGUUUCAGCUGGGCAACCCGUGAGGGACCCUUGUGUGAAGAACCUAUCCGCAAUACGAAGUUCAAGGUUACAGACGUGCUCCUGGCCAACGAGGCGAUCUUCCGGGGUGGCGGCCAAAUCAUCCCCACAUCCCGCCGCGCCUGUUAUUCAUCCUUCCUGAUGGCGUCCCCGCGUCUGAUGGAACCCGUCUACUCUGUGUCAGUGACAGGUCCCGAGGACUCGUACAUGGAGGUCUACAACGUGCUGUCACGGCGGCGCGGUCACGUCCUGUCGGAUGGCCCCGUGGCCGGUACACCGCUGUACCGCGUCAAUGGUCUCCUGCCCGUCAUCGACAGUUUCGGUUUCGAGACGGAUCUGCGCAUCAAGACCCAGGGCAGCUCCAUGGUGAGCCUCGUCUUUGACAGCUGGAGCAUCGUCCCCGGCGACCCACUGGACCGGGAACAGAUCAUCCGCCCACUGCAGCCUGCAUCAGCACAGGCGACAGCGCGCGACUUCGUGCUUAAGACACGACGUCGCAAGGGGUUGAGCGAGGACGUUAGCGUCAAGACAUUCCUGGAGCCGGAGUUCUACCAGAGCCUCAUGGAGAGCGGUAUGCUAGGAGAGAUUUGAAGCAGCAAUGUGUCACGAGGCAGGAACCAGGAGCCACACGCCAACCAAACGGUUUGGGGUAACUUGUGCGAGGGUGCGAGGAGGGAGGGCUGAGGACGAGGGCGGCUGAAGAGAAGGGGGCUUGCGCACGGAGGAAAUGGACGGUACCCUUGGAUCCUCACAUGGAUGAUGAUGAUAAUGGCCAGUGCGAGGGCCACGUGUACAAGGAUAGAUGCUGCACCAUUUGGGAAAAAGGUUCUAAGUAAGUUACAUUGCGAUAGUGUUAGCAAGAAAGCAUCCAGGAACCACGGUGUAUGUAGAUGAAAGACGAUAGAAGCCUCGGCGAAA